AACCAUGAAUUUUCGCCCUCCAAUUUGACUGUUCGGCUUCAACUCCUUAUGGGUUUUCUGGAUUCUUCUCCAAGUCGACUCCUUUUGUGGGUCUCUGCAUUCUAUCACUUUCCUAGCCAUUCUGGUUCCCAUAUAAAUGUUGGAAAACACAAGGAACUGAAAGUAGAAUUUAGAUUCAAGGUUGGAAUACCAGAAUUUCUGAAUGGAGUAGGGGGAGGGGUUGAAGCACAUGUGGUGAAGCUAGAAUUGGAGAUUGGCGACUUUCAGAAGCUGCUUGUUACUAGCACGCUUAAGCUCAAGAAACUUGGCAUUCCCUGCAAACAUAGGAAGCCGAUACUGAAAUAUGCCCACAAGUAUAGGUUGGGACUGUGGAGGCCUCAAGCUGAGCCUGCAAAGGCAUAAUGAAGGGCAGCAGCAAUAUGUUUGUCUAUGAUAGAGUCUUUCCAACGGACAUUUCUUCUCCUUGAGAUGAGAAAUUGUUGGAGUUUUGGCCUCAGUGUCUGUAACUCUAUUUAACGGACGGAGUUUAGUGGUUUAGGUCAACAGAUACUGUGAGCAUAUCUCACAGCCUCAAUAAUUUAUUUUCAUUUUGCAUCCAUUUCACAUUGAGAGCUGCAGUUGGUAUUGGAUGAUUACUU